AGAGCCCAGGCUGACAUCACCUGCCUGCACUGGACCCCUCUGGCACUUAGGCCGUGUCUUCUGCCCACAGUGAGGCAGCCUUGCCCCGGAAACCACGGGCCCUCUCAUCGCAGCUCUCAAAAGAGACGUCUGUGACGGGACGGGUAUGACAUAAACCAGGAAACGCAAGGGCAGCGUAGAGGGAAAGAGCAACACAUGCCAUGUCAUUACCGGGGAUGUUUCCGUUCAUUAGCAGCAUGCCGGAAAAUUGCUGCUUAUGCAGCGGCUGCCUUGGCCCUGAGGCAGCGUGGGGCCAGUAUAAAAGCCAGCCCAACUGAUGGCUCUCUCAGCCGCUUCCGUCACCUCCUUCUCCUUGGGAACCAGGUGCACCUCCAGCCCCAAGCCAUGUCCUGCUGCAACCCGUGCCAGUCCUGCCAGCCCUGCGGCCCGACCCCACUGGCCAGCAGCUGCAACGAGCCCUGUUGCAGGCAGUGCCAGGACUCCGUCGUCGUCAUCCAGCCCUCCGCCGUGGUGGUGACCCUGCCCGGCCCCAUCCUCAGCUCCUUCCCGCAGAACACCGCCGUGGGCUCCUCCACCUCCGCUGCCGUUGGCAGCAUCCUCAGCUGUGAGGGAGUGCCCAUCAACUCCGGGGGCUUUGACCUCUCCUGCAUCACCAGCCGCUACUGCGGCAGCAGGUGUCGCCCCUGCUAAAGCCACUGGUGAUGGCCCGGACAAGGAUCCGCUGGAACCCAGAAGAUGAUGCCAGGCUGAACGACGGAGACUCUGGCCAUUGCUUUGAGAGGGGCUGAGCAUGCCUCACGCCUCCUGCAACGGGUGUCAGCCCUGAGGAAGGGGCCAGCCUGGGCUC